AAUAAAGACGUUUAUUUCAGUUCACUGUUAACUGGUUUUGUUUUUAAGUUUGACCAAGUGCUUCAUUCUCGUGAAAUAUUGAAAAUCAUAUCAACUGAAGUUUAUGGUAUAUGCGGGGCACGAUUAUUUGAGUAUUUUUGAGAACACACAGAUUCAGGUUUUAGAAAAUGCAACUGCAAUUCAAACGCGAGUAAAAACUAAACAAUUUAGAUCGAAGUAACUGAUAUUGGCACUGUUAAAAUGGCCGAAGACAACACAAAAUAUAAGAAGACCGGUACACUGGGAGGAGCUCGCCACGGUGACUCUUUCCAGGUGCACUUACUAAUGAAAAUCUACCAAGGAGCUGCCCGUGAUGAGAGUUUUACAAAUUUCCGCUUAGCAACCGAAUGGGAAGAUGCCGAAAAAUUCGACGAUGCGGCUCUGGUGUGGGAAACAGAUGACGGAGAAACUCAAAAUUAUUUGUUCGUCCAAGCCAAACACAAACAGUCUUCGGAUAUCGACGAAAAACAUUUUUUCCCGGUGAAAGAAAACGACAAGGUAAAGGGAGUCUUUUCGAUGUACAAAUAUUUUCAAUCGUUUUAUAACAUUAUGAACAACAGUAUGUUCGAUGGUGGGAACCAUGAUUUUGUGAUCUACACGAAUGCAAAACUAAAUAAUAGUUUGGGGUGGUUCACCAAUGAUGAUAUCCAACCUUCAGGUGCUCUGAAAUUACUAGGAGGCAGCGGAGAGUUUUUUAAGGUACGAAGUACUGAUGAAUGCAUGAAGAAUUUAUUAGAUUUUAGCAACAAAGAUUUCAACGAUUUACUAGAAGAGAUAGAAAAUGUUUUUAGAGAUAGCAAUGAAAACAUUAAAACCGAUUUAAUUAAAAAGUAUUGCGCUGAAUUGAACAAUCAAGUGCUUUUUGUUGAUAAUGGUGCAGUUCGAUUUACUGAUAGAUUCAAGAAUUGUGAAAAUUUGAUCCCUGUAGAAAUGAAACUGCACGAGGUUUUUUCGAAUGGAAACAAAAUGCAAACUAUGAUGAGUACAAAUAAGCAACUGAUCGAAGCACUGAAUUUCAAAAAUCAAUCUAAAAGUAGACUUAGAUAUUUUAAAGAAGCAGAUGCUAAGAACUUCCUUGAAAAAUGUAUCAUUGCUACCAAUCAGCCAAACUACGAAGCUCUUGAAAUUCAAAUUACAGAAAAUUUCAAGGGGGAUCAGGACUAUGUCUCAGAUAAAUUGUACGCCAAAUUGAUGUUUGUAGAUCUGCGCAAAAUGAUUUACAGUUGGUUAGACUGCAAGGAAAAUGAUUUUUGUCAUUUUCUAAAGAUAACUGAAUUUACAGAGCUCUCAGCGAAAGUCAUUUGUACCAUUGCAGAUUUGAAGCUGGAGAACCCGACAAACUUAUUUAAAUACGAGAUGAAAAACGUUCACAUCAAAUUUGCAAGUUGCAGUCCUCUAGAAAAUUUGAUUAACUCUAAUUUUCCUAUGGUUGUAUAUAAAAGUACCGAAGAAGGGUUUCUAACUUGUCUUAAAGUGUAUCAGAUUUUUCAUAGCAAAAAACAAAACUAUCACUAUUUGAAAAUAACAGAUUUGCUUCACUUUGAGAAAGAAAUAAAUAGUUUCAAGAACGCGAAUUCGGAUGUUUAUAUUCUACUUGACGAUGAUUGUCCAGAGUCUAAGGUUUCAUAUGACUUUUUCGAAUCAGAUUUUGUUGGCAAAAAAAUCAAACUUAUUUUCUUAACAUCCGUUGAAACUCGCGCCAAAAAUUUCUUCAAAAAUCAUCCUUUUUAUUCGAUUGAAGAUUCAAAAGACAACAUGAAACUGUUGAGCAAAGAUAGUCAAGAGAAACUUUUACAAGAGUCAGUGUCAUUUCAAGGUGUUGAACUUAGUUUGCAUAAAUUACUUCCGACUAAAAAUCUUCGUGCUCUCAUAAGUGACAAAAUAGUCGAAAAGUUGAUACAACAAAACCGUAUUGAAAUUGGAACUGCUUUACCUGAAUUGCAACUUGAUUGUUAUAUCGCACAAACUAUUAGUGACACGUCGCUUGGUACUGGGUCUGAUUCUGGUUCUGAUUCUGAUUUUGAUUUUGAUUUCAAUUUUGAUUCUGAUUCUGAUUCUGAUUCUGAUUCUGAUUCUGAUUCUGAUUUUGAUUCUGAUUCUGAUUCUGAUAAUGACAAUUAUAACGCGUCAAACAAUUUAUCUACGAUUCGAAAAGCUAAGAAAAACUAUAGCGAAGGGGAAUUUCUCAAUCAUUCCUUCCGAUUUAACACGAUUUUGCUGACCUCAUUACCAGGUAUGGGGAAAACUACCCUUUGGAUGAGAUUAGCUCAAGUUGCAAAGAAGUUGCAUCCUACUAAUUGGAUCCUGUUCGUUCGACUGCCUGAUUGUGCGAAAAAACUAGAAGACACAAACGAACUAACGAAUUUAGAAGAUGCAAUUAGUCUUCUCUGUGAAAUUCUGUCGAUGGAAUCUGACUUUGAACGAAUAUUAUUUUCGAAAUGGCUACAGGAAAACGAAAGCAAAAUUACCAUAUUUUUCGAUGGUUUCGACGAACUUCCUAUGAAAGUAAUGGAGAAAGCUAUUUCAUUAUUUCGUAUGCUUAAAAAAGCGCGGAUUUUUAUCAGUACACGAUCCCACCAACAGGAAGUUUUGGAAAAGGCCAUAAAGGUGGAGACAUUUGACUUGCAACCGAUUAGCGAAAGUGACCAAAUAGUUCUUUUGAAACAUCUUCUCGAUGUUUCGGAUAUUCGUGAUCCGACAAAUUCAUUCGUAGAGAAACUGAUCAAAAGCAAACCGAUGAGGAUCCUCACAAAAACUGCUGGCACUCCUUUAAUUAUUAACAUGCUAGCCGAAAUCUAUAAAUCAUAUGUGAAUGAACUACGCAAAUCAAACGAAAACACUUCUUUGCAAUCCCUCGAUCCAGAAAAUUUGGACUUUGUGGAACUAUUCGAAAAUUUUACAUACCAUUCAUUCAAACGGCAGCAUAAAGUGAAACGUAAAUUGGACGAUGAUUUGUUGGAUAAAAAGCAUCUUUUAUAUGUAGGCUACGUCAAGCUCCAUAACUACCUCGGUCUCAUGAGUUUAAUUGGGAAAGAAGCGAUGCAUUUGAUUGAAAAUGACGAACAAGAAAGCAGAUCACUAGAGAAACAAGCAGAUCGGGUAGACUCUCUAAUUAUGCCAAAAUAUUCAAAUGGAAUUCCGCACUUCAUCCAUGCCACGAUAGCUGAAUUCUUCGCUGCAAAGUGUUUGGGUGAGUGUUUGUGUCGUAUGAGGUAUAUCGACAAAAAUAAGCAAAUAACAGAUAUUUAUGAUUUGUACACGAUUUUAUUAGAACACUACCCGUUCGUUCGUAAAAUCUUGUUUUUAUUUGCAAGAUCAAAUGAGCAGCUUCUGGAUAAAUUAUUGCAAAUGUGUUUGUUGGUGCGUCCUGAUUCGUUUUUGUGGUAUAAACAACUGAUUUGUACAAUGUCGAACUGUAGUGAAGUUAUCUGCAAAAUGAGGGAAUACAUCCCUAGCUACUUUUACCCAUCUUUAGAUAACAUUAGAGCAAAAGACCAUAACAACCUACCAUUACAUGCUGCUGUCCGGAGUGGUACUGCCGAUCGAGAUAAUUUGUUGUUGAGCCAAGAGGGAUUAACAAAUUUCGUUCUUGAUUUGUUGUUAAAUAAAAAAAGAGAGAUAAAUUCUACAAAUGCGAACGGUGAAACUGCACUGGACAUUGCUUUGGAAUUUGGUGACGCUAAAAUUGUCGCACUACUUCUGGGCCAGUCAGCCAUGACAGAAAGGAGUUCCAUGGAGAAAAUACUUGCAGGUACUAAUGAAUGCUCUCAACUGUUCUUAGACCGAGGAAACCCUGAAAGUAUCAAGAAAGCCAUUCGCAAUGAUCGGUCUCCCUCCAUAGGUAGUUACAUGUUUGCUCUAGCAUUGCAAAAUUUAACACUGACCAAAAGAAUUAUCUCAAAUGCCGUUAUUUCUCAUAAUACUGAUAGAAGCAAAUCGUUGAAGUUGCUCUAGCAUUGCAAAAUUUAACACUGACCAAAAGAAUUAUCUCAAAUGCCGUUAUUUCUCAUAAUACUGAUAGAAGCAAAUCGUUGAAGUUUUUGAUAAAUGAAAACGAUGAUUCAGCACGUGAAAUUAUCAAACGAUUGCUACAAAAUAUGAGAGUCUUGCUAAAGGGAGGAGCUGAACUCGAUAUCGAAGCCUUCAAUAUUUCCAUUUUAUUAGGAAAUCCAGCAACAAAUGAAUGUAUAGAGCUACUACUAGAAUACGUAGGUGAUCAAGAAGAUAUCCACAAUGAACAGUUUACUGCUUUACAUUCGGCUGCAUUCUUCAAUAACCCCGAGUGUGUGGACAUGCUUAGUCAAAGAGGAUUUUCAGUAAUGACAGUAAAUAAAUUUUGCAAAAUCCCUCUUCAUAUCGCCAUUGAAGAGAAUGCUAAGAAGGUUAUCGAAAUAUUGCUAAAAGAUAAACAAGCAACAGAAAUGUUGCGCACUUCGGAUAACGAUGGACAAACUGUUUUACAUUGGGCCGCAAUGUAUCAUAAUUACGAGCUCGUGAACAUUUUUAUUGAUCACGGUGCAUCGGUAAUGGCAAAGGAAAAAGAUGGUAAAAUCCCUCUUCAUAUCGCCAGUGAAAAAAACGCUAUGAAGGCUAUCGAAAUAUUGCUAAAAGAUAAACAAGCAACAGAAAUGUUGCGCACUUCGGAUAAAAAUGAACGAACUGCUUUACAUUUGGCCGCAAUCCAUGAUAAUUACGAGAUCGUGAACCUUCUUAUUGAACGCGGUGCAUCGGUAAUGGCAAAGGAUGCAAUUGGUAGAAUCCCUCUCCAUAUGGCCAUUGAAGAGAAUGCUAAGAAGGUUAUCGAGAUAUUGCUAAAACAUGAACAAAUAAAUGAAAUGUUGGACACUUCGGAUAAAAAUGAACGAACUGCUUUACAUUUGGCCGCAUACUCUAAAAAUCACGAGCUCGUGAACCUUCUUAUUGAAGGCGGUGCAUCGGUAAUGGCAAAGGAUAAAGAUGGUAAAAUCCCUCUUCAUAUCGCCAGUGAAAAAAACGCAAAGAAGGUUAUCGAAAUAUUGCUAAAAGAUAAACAAGCAACAGAAAUGUUGCGCACUUCGGAUAAAAAUGAACGAACUGCUUUACAUUUGGCCGCAAUCCAUGAUAAUUACGAGAUCGUGAACCUUCUUAUUGAACGCGGUUCAUUGGUAAUGGCAAAGGAUGCAAUUGGUAGAAUCCCUCUUCAUAUCGCCAUUGAUUAUAACGCUAAAAGGGUUAUCAAAAUAUUGCUAAAACACAAACAAGCAACAGAAAUGUUGCGCACUUCGGAUAAAAAUGAACGAACUGCUUUACAUUUGGCCGCAAUCCAUGAUAAUUACGAGCUCGUGAACCUUCUUAUUAAACUCGGUUCUUCGGUAAUGGCAAAGGAUGCAAUUGGUAGAAUCCCUCUUCAUAUCGCCAUUGAUUAUAACGCUCAGAAGGUUAUCGAAAUAUUGCUAAAACAUGAGCAAGCAACAGAAAUGUUGCGCACUUCGGAUAGAAAUGAACGAACUGCUUUACAUUUGGCCGCAAUCCAUGAUAAUUACGAGAUCGUGAACCUUCUUAUUGAACGCGGUGCAUCGGUAAUGGCAAAGGAUGCAAUUGGUAGAAUCCCUCUCCAUAUCGCCAUUGAAAAGAAUGCUGAGAAUGUUAUCGAAAUAUUGCUAAAACAUGAGCAAGCAACAGAAAUGUUGCGCACUUCGGAUAAAUAUGAACGAACUGCAUUACAUUUUUCCGCAAUCUCUGACAAUUACGAGAUUGUGAACCUUCUUAUUGAACGCGGUGCAUCGGUAAUGGCAAAGGAUGCAAUUGGUAGAAUCCCUCUCCAUAUCGCCAUUGAAGAGAAUGCUAAGAAGGUUAUCGAAAUAUUGCUAAAACAUAAACAAAUAAAUGAAAUGUUUGAUGCUUCGGAUAAAAAUGAACGAACUGCUUUAUGUUUAGCCGCAAUCUCUGGUAAUUACGAGCUCGUGAACCUUCUUAUUGAACGCGGUGCAUCGGUAAUGGCAAAGGAUGCAAUUGGUAGAAUCCCUCUUCAUAUCGCCAUUGAAAAUAAUGCUAAAAGGGUUAUCAAAAUAUUGCUAAAACACAAACAAGCAACAGAAAUGUUGCGCACUUCGGAUAAAAAUGAACGAACUGCUUUACAUUUGGCCGCAAACCAUGAUAAUUACUACCUCGUCAACCUUCUUAUUGAACGCGGUUUAUCGGUAAUGGCAAAGGAUAAAGAUGGUAAAAUUCCUCUUCAUAUUGCCAUUGAAAAGAACUCUGAGUAUGUUGUCAAAAUAUUGCUAAAACAUGAACAAGCAACAGAAAUGUUGCGCACUUCGGAUAAAAAUGAACGAACUGCUUUACAUUUAGCCGCAAUCUCUGAUAAUUACAAGAUCGUGAACAUUCUUAUUGAUCGCGGUUUAUCGGUAAUGGCGAAGGAUAAAGAUGGUAGAAUCCCUCUUCAUUGGGCUGUUAUUAAAAACAGUUUGAAUUUAGUUGAAAUAUUGCUUGAACACGAGCAGGCAUCCAACAUGUGGAGCACCCCAGAUAAAAACGGAUGCACUCCUUCACAACAUGCCAAACUGAAUCGUUUCCUGUGCUGUGCCGAUAUUCCACCGAAACUUUGAGAAUCGAUAAUGACAGAAUACGAUUCACAGUGAUUUUUACCUGUUUAUCGAAUCUACAGUGAUUUUGGUUUCCGAAGUGGUUCUGGGUGUUAAUUACUUUGAUUUAUCAUAUUUUAGAUACUUUUUAUAAAGCUUGCUUCAGAUAGAAUUGGAACAAAGACAGUUAGUUAUUUAUUAUUGAAUUCAAGAUCUUUUUUAUUUAAAUGUAGCGUUUUCUUCAUAAAAUUAUUCGUCACGGUUUGGAAGGAAUUCUCGAAUUUUUCCUAUAACAUGGUUCAUUAGACGGCGCACACCUUCUUCGUCCAUCGUUUUAGCUAUCUUAUUCCACCAGGUCGUCAUCUGAUUGAUGCCUUUGACAACCUUUUCCUUUGCCUUGAGGCUCCUCUUCAUGAUGGCCCAGUAUUUCUUUAUAGGGCGGAACUGGGGGCAGUUGGGUGGGUUAAGGCUUUUCGGAACAAACUGGACCCCUUUCUCUGCAUACCAUUCUUGAACGACUAUGCUGUAAUGACAGCUUGCCAAAUCUGGCCAAAACAUUAUGUGAUGGUCGUGGGAUCGAAUGAACGGCAAAAUUUUUUUUUGAGACACUCUUUUUGGUAUAGUUCCGAUGUCAUUGUCUUAUUUGUAACGAAAACUUUCACCACAGCUCCAAAUGCCCUGUCAAAUCAUAAAUUUUCUUGCAAAUUUUUCGGCAAAAACAAAUUCAAAUUUGGCUGGAACAUCCCCCCGAGCCGUUGCCAAGUAAAAUUUUUGACCUGAAAUUUGCCCGAAGUCAGCCUUGACAUAGUUUUCAUACACGCUUAAAAACAGUUACUCAAAAAUGAGUAAGAUCUCACUCAUCUACAGAAAAAGUGGAACAACUCUAAUUUAGAGUAACUCCGAAGUUACUCAAAUUUGAGUUCUUCCACUGGAAACGGUAUUUGGGUAAAAUCUACUCAUUUACUGAGUAAUACUUUAUUUGUACAUGUACCAAAAAUAGAGUAACUAUCACUCAAAUUUUGAGUGAAAUUUUAUUUCACAUAUACCAUAUUUGCAAAAAAAAAUCUCUUUUACUGAGUGUAUUGUGUUAAAAUAUUAAGUAAUUGAACUCAAUACUAUAUCAAGUGGUGGUUGCUUGGAGUAGUGUGUUAAUCGCAAAUUAACAUACAUGUCAGUUAUGCUCAGGCACCAAUCAUACACUUAUUCCUCAUAAAUGACAUUUGACCAUAUUCGGUUUCAUUCUAAAGCACAACACGGAGUUUAUCAUUCCGGUUUUUGCAGACACAACAUCGUUUGUGUUGAGCGACUCACCCUCGAAAUACGCGAUCUCACUAACAAAAUAUACAACCUGUUGCUACAAAUGGUUAUUACAACCUUUAGACUGAUCUUGCGAAUAGUAACAAAAAAACGAGCUAUUGCGUUAAACUCAAAUUUAGAGUAGGAGUUACUCAAUAUCAUUGAUGAUAACUACUCAAUUUUUGACGUUUCCAUGUAUCAUUUGAAAAUGAGUAACUAGUACUCAAACUUUGAGUAACUUUUUCUAAGCGUGUAGUCCAUCAGAAGACACCCGUCGAACUUGGUCAGCACCUGGUCAUAUAGUUUCCGAGCACGAAUUUUGACCACACUAUUCUGUUUUAUGGUCCGAUUGGGCUGUUUGCUAGCUCGAUACGACUUGAUUCCUUCCCGGAGUCGAGUUCUCCUCACGGUACUAUCGCCGAAUUUUCUGGCCAAAUCACGGUCCGACAGAUCAGCAUUCCUCUUAAUCGUCUUCAAAAUCUUACCAUGCAGUUUCCGGUCGACAGUUCCACUCCGACGAUUGGCUUUAGGCUUCCGAAUCGUCGUCAAUGUUUCCUCAUACCGUUUGAUAACGCACCAUACGGUAUUUCUGGGCAAUUUAAGCUGUUUAGCUAGCCUAGAUGCAGACCACAAUGGAUUUUCCAAAUAACUGUGCACAAUUUUUUCCCUUCUUUCGGCUUCCAUGUUGAUUGUUUACAAAGUACAGUCGAUUUGCGGAAUGUCAAAAAUCAUACAGGAAGCUGACAAAAUCCCCAACACGUGGGCGCCAAGAGCUUCCGAAUCCGUCCACCAGGAGUGACACAAUAUGAGCGAAAGUUUGUUCCAAUUCUAAAUGAAGCAAGCUUUAGCCAAACGUAACAGAUUUUCAAUAUGCCGAAGGAAGAAUGAGAGUUGAAAUUCUACUGAAUCACCCUGCACACCUUAGUUCGGUUUCGUCUUGUCAUCGAGGAACGAGCGACGUUGGUAAUUUUAUUUCAAUGAGAGACUAAAGCGCUUCGUCUGUCUGCGUUUGUUUUGGAUGCGGUCAUUUAUUAAUGAGGCAGUAAAAUAACGAAUACAAGACUGUUGAAUAAGAAUUUUUUAAUUGGCAAUGCAUGACAAAUUAAAGCUCUGUAAACGAUAUCUUGCGAGUUUUUCCUUUCUCUAUAGAAAGGUAAAAGAAUUGCUGACUUUUCGAAUUGCUGGCUUAGCAGAUUUGAACAAUUUGAACGAAACAUUAUUAAACUUCUAACCAAGACAAUAAUUUUACGUAAAUGAUUCACUUCAUGUUGGUAUUUGUACUGGCUAUUUAACACCUUGAGUUAAUAUUGUCUGUGUCGCAAAUGCACCAUUUUCUCUAUUUUAUUCCAGGCGAUAGGUGCCAAUAAGCCAACAGCAAAGUUCAAUAUAAAAAUAAACUAAAACUAUCCUUAAAUAGUACAUAGUUCGAAAUAGCAUUUUAGACCGGAUGUGCCUUUACGAUUUGCAUUAAAAACAUUAUAGACAAGAAUGAAUAAAAAUGUGUUAUUUUUGAAUCCUCUACUGGUUUAUCAACCAAGGAAAAAAAACAUUCUAAUGUUGUACGAUUAUUGAAUUUAUAGUAGAAAGUAUAAGAAAAUAAUAGAUUAAGCAAACUGUGUAUGUAAUAAAGAUGUAAGAUGAACAAUAAAAUUUAACCUGGUUUAUUCA